AUGCCGGACGAUUCCUUUGUGAUUGAUCAUAAGUUAUUGUACAAUGAUUUGGUUGGACUGAUUUGUGAAAGAGUGGGGUGGAAUAGAAAGAAUGUGAAUUUGAGUCUAUCGAUUUUGUAUGAUACGAUGCGCAAUGGUUUUAGGCGUAUCGCCAAAAUCAAGGACGACGCAUCGUUGCAAGUGUUGUAUUUCCUCCCAAGUUCGACAUAUAUUGAUUUGUAUGUAGAUUUGGAGGUGGCGGGUACUUCUAGGUCCCAUUUGGAAGUAGGGACAAGUAGUGGUAGGCCGAAUGUGGAGAAUGUCGAUUACAUGGAAGAUGAUGAUGUGGGUGGACCGUUUAUGGAGGAUGGCGAUCACAUGGAAUAUGAUCACGGUGAAGAUGAUGAGGACUACACAUCGAUAAGUGAUCAAAGCGAUAAAACCAAUCAAUAUCCGAAGGAAGUCGGGAGAGUGAUGAAGAGGUCGAAGACAAAUUCGCCACAAAGGAUAGGCACAUAUAUCGUUCACAGGGAAGAAGCAAAAAAUGGUAUUGCAGCGUGGAACAUAGAGCAAAAGAGAGAGUUUUAUGUGAAGGAAAGUGAUGGUUCAACAUGGUCUAUUUGGUGCAAAUCCCUAAAAGAGUCAACCCCUAAGGGUUAUGUUCCUUGCCGUUGGAAGGUACGUGCCUCCUUGAGAGACCACGGUUUGUGGGAGAUAGUGAAAUGGGUGCCCGAGCACAAUUGUAUGAAUGUUACCGAGGAUAACAAUAAUCGGAAUGUGAGCGCAACGCUUAUUGCGCAUCUCAUAAGGCAUAAGGUUGAGUUGGACCCAGAUUAUGAAGUGAAGCUAGUUCGGGAAGAAGUGAAAGACCGUAUGCAUGUCGAUGUUCCUUACCACGGGCAUGGGAGGGAAGGAGAAAAGCUAUCGAUCUUGUUUACUAUGACUGGGUUUCCAAUUUUGACAUACUUCCAAGAACUAAGGAAUGAGCUACGUGAUUUUAGCAAUGAUGCUUAUUUGUAUCUCGAGGAGAUUGAUGCUUGUCAGUGGACUCUUGCCAAAGACAAACACUAUCGUUGGGGUAACCAAACAACGAACAUUUCUGAGAGCUACAACAACGUCCUCAAGGGUGUUCGUUUCUUGCCAAUCCGGGCUUUGGUGGAAGCUACUUUUAUUAAGACUGUGGAUUUGUUCCAGGAAGAAUACGUGAAGUCGAGGAAAUGUAUUACUCCGGUCCCAACUGACUUGUGGGAAGACUUCAAGAAAAAAGAAAAGAAAGCCGCGCAACACAAAGUCAACCGUUAUGGUGCUAUUAAUGGCAAGUUCAAGUUAUGGGUUUGGGAGCGUAUCCCAAGACUUCAACCAAAGAGGAAGGUUAAAGAUGAGAGUUACUUGGUGCCGGACGCACCAUUAGGCAAUAGGUGGAAAUGCCCAAAAUUCAAAGCGAACAUCGCCGCUCAUUGUGUUGCUGGCAUCAGGGAUCAGUUAUCUAGCCUAAGGGAUGGGGAUUUUCUAUGGACUCCAUACACUCCCUUCAUCGACGAUCUCCCUGAUUUCUCCUUACGGGAAAAUCCAAGCCUUGGUGGUAGUCUAGAGGAUAAACUCUUCCAAAUCUUCGACAAGAGUUUCGGUGCCACGACUUUGGGCCCACGUGAUAUGAGCACUCAUCCGAUACUCAAGUUCUUCGAAAAGACCCCCGAGUCAAGUCAAAAUGUGGUACUCACGCAGAAAACAACAUCGAAGCCUACUGGAGGAGGAAGGAGGAAGCGACCGGGAAUUUCAGAUCAAACAAUCACAGUUCAUCCUAAUCCAACUCCAAUGCAAGAAGAUGAUGAAAAUGAUGAAGGCAAUGAAAGCGAUGAGGAUUACUACAUUAGGGGCGAAGAAGAAGAAGAAGAAGAAGAAGAAGAAGAAGAAGAAGAAGAAGAAGAAGAGUCCUCUCCACCUCGUGUUUCUUCCCAAAAGAAAAAGAAAACGGUCGAGGUUCGCAAGAGUGAUAGGGUUAGUAAACCGGCCAAGAAGUAUACUCCCGGCGAUGGGGCUACGAGGAAGAAAAGGUCGUCAAAGUAA